AUGGUCCGUUCGUUACUGACGCUGGGUGCCGCCGCGCUCCUCGGCGCGACGGCGGUCUUGGCCGACGACAUCCCGACAUGCUCACUCGACAAGAAGUGCCCUGAGAGCGCUCCUUGCUGUUCCCAAUACAACCAAUGCGGUGUCGGCGCGUACUGCCUGGGAGGCUGCGACCCCCGCAUGUCCUUUUCGCUUGACUCGUGCGUUCCCGCGCCGGUGUGCAAGGACAUGACAUACAAGAUGGACUCGUUGGACCGGUACAAGGAUAUCAGCGAGUACCUGGGUGAUUCUAGCAAGACCGACUGGGUCGGGCAAGGUGAGCCGUUGCUGUACGACGGCAACGUGCUCCUGACUAUGCCUCCCAAGUCUGUUGGCACCGUCUUGGCCACUACUACGUACAUGUGGUACGGUAACGUCAAGGCGCGUCUUAAGACAUCGCGCGGUCGCGGUGUUGUCACGGCUUUUAUUCUGUUCAGUGAUGUCAAGGAUGAGAUCGACUACGAGUUUGUCGGUGUCGACCUGCAAACCGCGCAGACCAACUACUACUUCCAAGGCAUUCCCGACUACGUCAACGGUGGUAACGCCACGAUUGAAGGCAACUCAUACGACGAUUUCCACGACUACGAGAUCAACUGGACUCCCGAUGAGAUUCAGUGGAUCAUCGACGGCAAAGUUGGCCGCACCAAGAAGCGCUCGGAGACCUGGAAUGCGACCUCCAACCAGUGGGCGUACCCCCAGACCCCGUCGCGUGUGCAAAUCUCCAUCUGGCCCGGUGGUGCCGACACCAACGCCAAGGGCACUGUCGACUGGGCCGGUGGUGCCAUCGACUGGAACAGCGACGAGAUCAAGGACUUUGGCUACUACUUUGCCACAUUCGCGGAAGUCAGCGUCAAGUGCUUCAACGCCAACUCGCCUCCCGGAACCAACAAGGCCAACUCGUACUACUACAACAACAUCAAGGGCACCAACGACACCGUGGUCGAUUCGGACAAGCCUACGAUCCUCAAGAGCCUCCUCGGCACGGGGACCAACAUGAACAAGGGCGACGGCAGCUCCAGCACGACCGGCGCCCACCCCUCCCACUCCUCUGGCGCCAGUGUACCCGGUGGUGGCACCGCCCAGGUUCCCGGUGGUACCAACCCUGGUGCCGGGACCGGCAACGGCAACGGUGCCAACCCGAACGGCGACGGGUCGGGGUCGAGCAACUCCGGCGGCAGUGGCUCGGGCACCAGCGGCGCGUCGCCGUGCCAGGCCAGCGGCUUCUCGCAGUCGUGUGACGAGGGCGGAUCGAACGGUGGGACCAACCCGAACAGCGGCUCGCGUGUGGCGGAUCGGACCCUUGGGGCCAGCGCGUUCGCGGUGGUCAUUGGGUUUGCGGGGCUGCUUUUGCUUUAA